GAAGUUCUAAGACGGAAACUAAGCAAAGGAGGCUCACAUGGAAACAAAGGCUGCCGCUGCUCAACUUGUGUACGAAGAUUUUGUCCCCUCACAUGAAGUGGUUCGAGGGGAAGGAAUGGAUACCCUCGUCUUCAAGCUCCCAGAAUUUAAGAAAGAGCAAAUCAGGGUUCAAUUUGAGAACUUUGAGAAUCUGAGAAUUAGUGGGGAGCGUCCUCUUGGAGACAACCGGUGGAGUCGAUUUCGCAAGGACUUCCAACUGGAGGGCUGCAAUGAGAUCCGUUAUAAGUUUGAGAAUGGGCGUCUCGAAGUGAGCGCAUUCCCAAAGUUUCUUCUAAAAGAAGUGAAGAAAGGCAAGGAGAAGAUCUUGGUUAAUAUAAUUACGGCUGUUGUGAUCUUGGUUAUGAUGGCAUUGUACAUGACCUCCAAAAUCUAAGCUUUGCAUGUUUCCAUCGGGACAUUGGAGGCGUUUGUGAUUUAUCAGAUGUAUAUGAUAUCUAAAAAGAAAAUAAGGUGAAGAAUU